AUGGCCAAGUGCGCGCGAACGGCCGCCGUGUCUGCGUUCCUCUGGCUGUUGGCGCUGUGUCCACAUCGUACAAUCGCGCAGUUCGACGGCAACCUGACAUUGCAGAGUACCUUCGGCCAGCUGAGCGCCGCUCGCAAGUCUCGGUCCCUGAUUCAGUGCUGGAGCAGCGAUUCACCGGCCCGAAUCAGCUUCGACAAGCCGGGCGGCCUGCCGCGCUACUCGCAGCAGCUCCUACAGGGGGACGAAGCCCACGUCCUCUUGCUACCGGCGUCGGCUGGGGCCAGUCGGGCGGGCCUCUUCACCUGCCAGCAGGCGGUCGGAGGCAUCGUGACCAGCGCCGCUACACUCAAGUUACCGCCGAGCGGAAAAGCGCAAAUCUUGCCGGUUAAGGCUUACGUGGUGGCCCACACUGGCGACAAUGUCCAGCUCAGCGUCACCAAGCAGCUGCGGAGGUCGGAGCCCCUCGUGUGGAUGCUCGAGGGGCUCGAGUUGCCGGACUUCGGGGACCGAGAGACAGUCACCCUCGAAGACGUGGAACCCGCCGAUGCCGGCGUCUACGAGUGCUUCUACCGGGGCCAGAGGAAGGCCCUGCUCCACGCCUGGAUACGCCUCAUCGUAGUCGGAUGUCCCAAGGGCAAGUUUGGCCCCGCAUGUCAGCAGGACUGCCCGCCAUGCCGCAAUGGGGGCAUUUGCCACGACACUUGGGGAGUGUGCAUUUGCCCUGCUGGCUUCGCUGGUCCCAACUGUGACACUGGUGGGUCAGUCUUUAAAAUCCCCCAACUAGUAUUAACGCAAAAGUGUCUCGUCGUUGCAGCGUGUGGCGAAAACCGUGUGGGAGCCCAGUGCGAACGGACGUGCUCUCCCCCCGGGCAACUUGCAAGUGCGAGGCACGGCUGCGCCAUCCACCUCUUCUGUAAGCCAGACCCCCUGGGCUGUUCCUGCGCUCCGGGGUUCAAGGGCCCCCACUGCUCACAAGAUUGCCCGGAGGAUUAUUACGGCGCCGACUGCCUCCAGAAAUGCCGCUGCUCCUCGCCCAGCGACUGCGACGCAAUCACUGGUCACUGCCUGCAAGGGUGUGCCCCCGGCUGGGGAGGAGACUCCUGCCAGAUUUACGUUGGUGAACAGACCGAAACCGCCCAGCCGGCCGUCACGACGGAGCCAACAUGCGAGCCUGGCAGGUUUGGGAAAGACUGCUCGAGGCUGUGCCACUGCGCAGACGACGAGGCCUGCGAUCCGAGCUCCGGGGUGUGCCCCGCUUCUUGCAAGGACGGUUACUCCAGGCCUACGUGUUCAGCGUGCUUGCCCGGUAGGUUCGGCGACAACUGCAGCCUUUCCUGUCACUGCUGGAACGGGCACGAGAACUGCGGACCAGACGGACACUGCCACGACGGGUGCGCCCCUGGCUGGACGGGAGAGUAUUGUCAGGAAGAGUGCUCUGAAGACACCUUCGGACCUGAUUGUGCCUACACCUGCCACUGCGCGACCAACAGCACCCCUCCUUGCAACCCAAUCUCGGGGGCCUGCGGCACGUGCGAGCCAGGAUACAGGGGUCCCUCCUGUCAGGAAAUGCAGUUAAUGUAUAUGAAAGACAACUUCUACAUUCCUUUCUAUUUGCUUUUCUGCAGUAGAAUGUUGUACUGCAGAGAACAGCAAUACCACACAGGAAAGCUUGCUAAAGGAGUUUUGAUAACUACUCUAGGCUCAGUUGCAUCCCGAGCAUCUGAGUGA